AAAGUAAUUCUUUAGGCGGUAGAGUUCGUAAAUCGUCACCCGACCUUGUUCGAUCAUCUCUUUCCCUUUGGCAUAAUGCCACAAUCAAAUUGUCGUCACUCCAUAAGAACAUACAUUGCGUACUUUUUUCCACUGGUUGAAUAAUGCUUCAGUAGUUCGCAAGCAAUGUAUUAUGAGUCAUGAAGUUCGUUCGGUGUUUACGUAGAUUUCAGACGCUGAUCUGAAGUUGUAUUCAGCGAGUCGUAAAGAACGACUUACAGUGUGCGAGAGAAACGCUGGCUUGUGGACGCGUUUACUGCUAAUUACAAAAAUUAAUAUUAAAAAAUAUUUAAGCUGGAAUUAAAAUAAUCAGAAAUCAAGAAAUGGUGUUCAAAAUUUGCAAAAUAAUGUGUUAAUUUGUCAAAAUGUGUGAAAAGUUUCACAAAAGAAAAUUACACUUGUGUUCAUUAUGUCAAUAAUGUAUUGAAUAAAAUUAAUUAUUUAAAACUGAACAAAUGGUAUUGUAAUUAACAAGUGUGUAAUCGUGGACUAUUGCAAUAAUUACUCAGUUUGAAAACGAAUUAAAAUAAAAUUCGUCAUGCCUUUUAUAGUGAAACUAAUUUCAGUUUUUAAGGAAUACUUAUUUGGGAAAGAGAUUUGAUGAACAAUGACAUAGUCAACAUUUUUAUUAGAAAAAACAUUCUUAGGAAACUUUACGCAAUUAAUAAUCAUAAAUAUUGAUUUUGUUUGCCAUCAAAUACCAAAUAAUACGUGCUAAAAUAAUACACAAAAAAAUCUACUCACCACCAAGACUUGGCAUAGGCAAACCAAACUGUUGCCAAUUACAUCUUCUGCGUUUUUCCACCCAAGUGUCCGGCAAUCCCAUAGUGACUUUGAAAUAAACGGGAUUGGAGCUUUCAGUUGAGUGCGUGACCACGGAAGUGUCGUGUCCUGAUGGCUGCUAUAACCACGAAAGACCACGGUGAUGAUGCGCCCACACCCUUUGAAGAAGCCCUGGACAAAACAGGCAAUGGCCUCUACAACAUUCUCCUGGUGAUGACCUGUUCCCUCAUACUCCUGGCCAUCGGAGUGGACCUGUUCGGCUUCAGCCUCGUGGUGGCAGCAGCCUGCGACCUGAACCUCACCGUCACGCAGAAGGGGAUCCUCACCUCCUUGCCUUUCGUUGGCAUCCUCUUGGUCUCGUACCUGUGGGGCUACGUGUCAGACACGAAGGGUCGUCGGUUCACGCUGGUGAUACCGCUACUGCUCUCCUUCAUACUAUCCUGCAUCAGCAGCCUGUCUCCGCACUGGCUGUUCUUGGGAUUCGUUAAGUUCCUAUGUGUUUGCUUUGCCUGUGCAGCUAACUCAGCAACGUACACGCUUGUGGGAGAGUCAUGUACGGCGCGAGUGAGGAACCGGUACAUGCUGCUGAUGACCUGCCUCAUACUCCUGUCUCCUGCUGUAGCUGGAGUAAUGACAUACCCAACCCUGAAACUGGACUUCGCAGUGGAGAUGUCCUGGUUCAGCAUCGUCUACAGACCUUGGAGGCUACUCCUCGUAGUCCUGGCGUUACCAUCAGGGUUGGGAGCACUAGCCAUCUACUUCUUCUGCGAGUCUCCUAAGUUCUUGUUCAAUUCUGGGAGAAGUAAAGAAGCUUUGGAUGUGCUGAGGCAUAUCCAUGCAGUCAAUCAUAGGAAUUCUAAGGAAGAAUAUACGGUCCAUUCCUUCGCCCAAGGCGACUACACUCCAAGGAAGGAAAUGUCCCUCAUCAAGGCCAUGUUCGAGCAAAGCGCCCCCCUCUUCCGCACCCCCUACCUCUGGAGGAGCCUCCAGCUGUUCUACAUCGUCGCCGUCGUGUACAUCACAAACAACAGCUUCUUGGUGUGGCUGCCUUAUAUACUGAAUCUAAUCAGGAUAACAAUGGAGAAUGGAACUGCCAAUGGGAACAUCUGUUCAUUAAUUAGCAGGCCGAUACUGGAAGUAGGCAAUGCGACGACGAAAAUUGCAACUACAGAAGUCUGCACUGGCACGAUAGAGCAGAACGUGAUCCUUACUCUCAUCGCCUCCCAAUCUAUCUUCGCGUUCUUCAACUUCCUGAUCUCCUACCUCCAAGAUCACAGGAAGACGGUCCUCAUCAGCAUCCUGACGCUGUCCUCCAUCAGCGGGACCUGCCUCAACCUGGUCCCGGAGCCGAUCUCCAGCGUCUUCUUCUUCAUGAUGUUCACCUGUACUUGCUUAGGAAUGGGGAUCUUGGCCUCUUAUUUUGUGGAUGUGUAUCCUACUUCUUAUAGGGGGAUGGCUGCCUGCCUCAGCAUCAUGGUGGGUCGCAGCAGCACCUUCAUCGGCAUCAACGUGGUGGGGAACCUGAUCUUCCACCACUGCCAGAUCACCUUCUACUUCUGGUCUUUACUUGUUUUAAGCAGCGUCGUAGCCGCUUGGUUCUUGCCACCAGACAAGCCAGCUCUUUCCAAACCCAGUGGGGUGUGACCUCACUCCCUGAAGCAACUUGCCCUUCAUCUGUGAUCUUUAUAUUAAGCUAUAAUUAAGUGAUAUCAUUUGAUGAUGUAUGCUAACGAAAGUGUUAUGACUGGACUGCUGGUAUGGUGUUUAAUAGCCCUGACUGCUACACCGGAGGACGAAGGUUUGAUUCAAUCCCAGGAAAAAUGUUUCUGUGAUGAUCAAUUGUUUUGUGCUUUUAUGUAAGUCAUCUAUAACAUGUAUGUAUUUAGAAAUGUAUAAGUAUAUUUUUCAGUUGACUAGUACUCAUAAUACAAGCUUUUGCUAAGUUUGAGACUAGAUGGCGCUGUGUGAAAGUUUUAUAAUAUUAUAUUAUGAGUUGAGCGAUUAAGUAGAUUUAAAGCUUUUGGUUUCUAGCUGUUCAAGAUAAUAAUUAAGCAAUAUUAAGAUAAUAGCGUUUUGUACAGUAUUUUUUUACUUUUGAAAUUGUUUUUGAGAUAAGGUGAACAUUGUUCUUGAAAUAUUAUUGAAUUUACACUUAUUAAAUUGAUGAAGUGUAGUGUGUGUCGAGUUUAUGUUCUGUUGUAGUUUUUACUGUUUGCGUUUUCAGAAACUAGUAAAAAAAUAAAAUCAGUGUAGGUUUUUAUUUUUCUGAGAAGUCACUUUAGAAAAGUUACGUCCUCACAUACUUCCUUAUAUUUGAGCGAUUCAGACGUCAUUUGUAAAAGCGCUAUUUCUGUGAGGGUUUCAUAUUUUUUAUAGGUAUGAAGUAUAAUUUAGUAACAAAAAUGUAUACUUUUAUACUAAUGAACUACACUGAGAGUAGAACAUUUCAAUGUUUAUGACUGUGUUUAUGACCAAAAAAGUAUAUGUGUGAGUUAGGGUCAAAAGCCCCACUGAAGGGGUUGAAAAAUAUCCUUGUGGCCAUUUGGUCAUUCCAAAAAAUCUGUUGAAAUUGAUCUUGGAUUUUAUGCAUCAAACUGCAUUGUGAAUAAUGAAAAAUCCUAAUAACAAUCUAAAUGUUUUUUUUAAUCAUUUUUUUUUGUAUUUUGUAGGUAAUAUAAAAGAGAAUGGAUCACUAGGAUUUAACUUGCUUGAAAAAUAUUGUUAAAUCGAAAGCUUACUGUCAUAGAUCAAAAUAAAAACUGUUUAGAUUAUGUAAUGUCAUUUAUUAAAAUAUCUUUUCAUUUGUAAAGCGUUUUCUAAAAUUACAUCCUCUUACGUUUGAAACGUUUCUAAAACACUCCAAAUGUUUUUAAAUCACAGACAAUUGUGAAUGUUUCGUUAAAAUGGCCUCCAGAAAAAAAAACUUUUAUUAAACUAAUGUUGAUCAUACUACAUCCCUUUCUAACCGUCAUCUAUUCUUGUCAUACGUUUAAAGUUAGAAAGAGAUCUAGUGAAACGAAUGUGUAGUCAAUAUAGACGUGAUUUUUUCUUUAAAAAUGGCCAAAAUUAUUCAAAAUUCAUUUCAGCUAUAAGUCUCUUUAAAAGAGCUUCAAUAAGAGUAUAUUUCUAAUCAAUUUUAUUCCUCUAAAAAUAAAUAUAAAAAAUCUUAUAA